AUGCCUCCAGCUCCUCCUCCUGCAUCGUUUGGACCUCUCUCUGGUGCGCAUCCUGAGUACCGGGGGAUCUACAAAACCGCUGCUUUGGAGAAAGUGAAACAAAACAUCAAACUCUUUCUGUUACAACACACCAAAAACCCAGGACCGCAGAAACCUCACAAGCCUGACCAUCCUGAAUCUAGACCCCAACUUUGUCUCGGGGGUGGAUCCCAUCGCGCUAAUGCUGGACGGUGGCUUCAAGUUUGCCAGAAGCAAUCGUGCUAUAUGCAUCAACGACCGCGGUUUGUUACCGAACCUUUAUCACCAGAGGUUUUGUCUGGACUUGAUGCCCUGUUUGCCAUUCAAGAUGAAAUUCAUGCGCGCAAUAGGGCCGUACCGGCUGUUUUCUCCACACCCACAUCACAACCCUCUUCCUCCAAGCGUCGUCUGUCGCCACCGCCUUUCGCAUCAACUUCGCAAGCUUCAUCCUCCAAGCGUCCUCUUUCGCCAUUGCCUGAGCCUGACCGUGUUUCCCCUUUCAAACGACGUAAAAUUCUUGAUGUAUUGGAUGAGCUACCACCACCUAACGUGCCUCAAGGUAUAGACGAGGCGGAAAUACGGCGCCGAAUCAAUAUCUUGCUUGAUGCCCUUGAACCUGCGGCUGCGCCAACUAGCCCCCCAGUAGCACCUCCUGCACGGUCUCCCCCCACGCCUGAAGCAGUAGACGAGGCAGAGAUAUUUGACCUUACUCAACCGAUGAAUGGACCCCUUGUCUGUGGGCCACCCGGCACCUGA